AUCCAACGGUGAAAACUCAGCGUAGACUGGCCGCUGAAAUAUGCCCAUGGUCCAAAAAGCGACUCCAGCGUCUUCUCCCACCUUCCUUAAAUUAGCAAAACACAGUUGGCUGAGUUUUCACUUCGUCUCUCCAUUUCUGUGCAAAGUUGCAAGCACGCUCGAAAAGCUUAGAGUGGAAACCGGCUAUAAAGCUAGAGCUUCACCGCUGUUGUUGUUUAGAGUGUUGAGUUUGCUUUUAGUUCGCUUAAUAUGUCUUCAAAGAGUGGAGAGAAGUGUUCGACUACUCCAGUUACUUUGAACGAGAGGAUUCUCUCUUCAAUGUCACGAAGAUCCGUAGCGGCUCAUCCCUGGCACGACCUAGAAAUAGGACCAGGGGCGCCCUUAAUUUGUAACUGUGUCGUAGAGAUUGGCAAGGGGAGUAAAGUGAAAUACGAACUCGACAAGACUAGUGGUCUUAUAAAAGUUGAUCGCAUCCUUUACUCAUCAGUUGUGUAUCCUCACAACUAUGGUUUCAUCCCAAGAACAAUUUGUGAGGAUAGUGACCCGAUGGAUGUCCUCAUACUGAUGCAGGAACCCGUGCUCCCUGGAUGCUUCCUCCGUUGUCGUGCCAUAGGUCUGAUGCCAAUGAUUGAUCAGGGUGAAAAGAUGAUAAGAUUAUCGCGGUGUGUGCGGAUGAUCCUGAAUUCCGCCACUACAAAGACAUCAAGGAGCUACCUCCACAUAGAUAGCCGAAAUACGGCGUUUCUUUGAGGACUGUAUCCAUUUACACUUAUGGAACCUAACU